GGAUGUCGGUCAGAUAAUGAGGCAUUACGUCUCGCGCGUGACACACCAUACAAAGUUCAGACGGGGGAGGCAGCGGCGGCACACGCGCUGAUUUUCUAUUUACGCUCGCGCGCAGUGCAGUCGAAUGAAGUUGUUGCUGCAGCUGUGGCUCGAGCCUGACCUGUGAACGAUUCCCGCGCCACCUGUGCUCGUUCUCGCUCGGCACAUUUCACCCUGCGCGCCCCCGUAGCUCGCUUUCUGGCUGUGUUUGUGCACGCUAAGUGUAGCGGUUAGAUGGAGAUGCUACGGACAAAAAAGAAUAAAGUUCGCCGGAGGAGAGAGUUGCUGCUGUUCCAGGUCACUUUCGUUUGCGGCGCACUCGGCUUGGCGUGGAGUAUACCGGCUUUGCUCUUCGGCUUGGGUCUUACAACAGCUGCUUCAAAUGAAGACCAAUUAGUCAUGAAAAAGUGGGAGAGUAGAAAAUUAAUGGCUAUGGAAAAUGGAACAAGGAAUUGCACAGAACCAGCAAUUCAUGAAUUCCCUGAUGACAUUUUUACAAAUAAGGAAAGACGACAAGGAGGUGUCCUGCUUCACAUAUUUGCUGCUCUGUAUAUGUUUUUCGCCUUGGCUAUUGUUUGUGAUGACUAUUUUGUUCCUUCACUGGAGAAAAUCUGUGAGAAGCUGCAUUUAAGUGAAGAUGUUGCAGGAGCUACCUUUAUGGCAGCAGGAAGUUCAGCUCCAGAGCUUUUUAUCUCUGUUAUAGGUGUCUUCAUCACCCAUGGGGAUGUGGGUAUUGGAACCAUUGUUGGAUCUGCAGUCUUUAACAUUCUUUGCAUAAUUGGUAUCUGUGGUAUAUUUGCAGGACAGGUAAUCGUUCUCACCUGGUGGCCCUUGUUUCGCGAUUCAGUUUACUAUACACUGUCAGUGAUUGCCCUUAUUGCAUUUAUCUAUGAUGAGAAAAUUUUCUGGUGGGAGAGCCUUGUUCUUGUCAUCAUGUAUGCUGGUUACAUUCUGAUUUUGAAAUUUAAUUCAAGCCUACAGACCUUUUUCACAAGCAAGGUGGGGAAGAACUCUGGCAAUGACACUGCAAUGAGCUGCGAAAUGGAGGAUGGUAAUGCUUGUUUUGACAUUUUGUGGGAUGACCCAUCAGUACCAUUGUUGAUUGGAGUGAAAAUUUCAAAGACAUACAGCAAGAACUCUGUGAUGAUGGUAGAUGAAAUCAUAUGCUCAAGCCCUCCCAAAUUCAGGUUUCCUGAAGCAGGCCUCAGAAUCAUGAUCACCAAGCACUUUGGACCCAAGACCAGACUUCGGAUGGCAAGCAGGUUAAUUAUCAAUGAGCGGCAGAGGCUUAUCCGGACAGUUAACGGAGUUCAAAAAGAUCAGUCUGUCAAGAGGCAAAAUGAUGUGGAAAAUGGCAACAUUCCAGCAAACAAGCAAGGUGAUGAGAGUGAAGCUGACCUGUCCUCUCCAUUUGCACCCCCAGAUGGUGUCAUGAAUAUUCUGAAGUGGCUCUUGUCUUGGCCUGUGCUUUUUCUGCUCUACUUCACUGUUCCCAACUGCAAUAAGACCAGAUGGGAGAACUUCUUCCUGUUUACAUUUAUUUUCUCCACUGUGUGGAUUGCAGUCUUCUCGUACUUCAUGGUUUGGAUGGUUACAGUUACAGGAUAUACAAUAGGAGUUCCCGAUGUAAUAAUGGGCAUCACAUUCCUUGCUGCGGGAACCAGUGUACCAGACUGCAUGGCCAGUUUAAUUGUUGCCAGACAAGGUUUUGGUGACAUGGCUGUGUCUAACACGAUAGGAAGCAAUGUGUUUGACAUUCUGGUUGGGCUUGGUGUCCCAUGGGGUUUGAAGACCUUGGCUUUGGAUUAUGGCACUUUUGUGCAGAUAAACAGUCGAGGUCUGGUAUAUUCCGUUGUGCUUCUUUUGGGAUCUGUUGCUUUAACGGUGUUGGGUGUAUACUUCAACAAGUGGAGACUGGACACAAAGCUGGGGAUAUAUGUCUUUCUGCUUUAUGUAAUUUUCCUGUGUUUCUCUAUUUUGAUUGAAUAUAACAUCUUCACUUUCAUUAACUUACCAAUGUGCCGUGAGGAUAUCUGAGAAGACAUUGUGCUUUUGUGGAUUAUUGCAGCAGCCUACCCAUGAACACUAAAUGCGUAAUUUCAAGAUUUUCUUUUCAGAAUUAAAUAUAUGGAAAUUGAGAAGUGUAUUUUCCUGUCUCUGGUGCUGCAAAUGGAUUAGACCUCUAGAUAUUGUCUUAUUUGGAGUGCUUUACCUUCACCAAUACCAGCAAAUGCCCCUGAUGGGAUUUCAUGAGGCAGCAACUCAUCAAUGACACUUAAUGUGCAGGACAACCAGCAGAGAAGACUUAACUUGUGUUUUUUGCGUUAUUUUGCUAUUGUUUUGUUUCUUAGGAGGACAUUUGUAUUUUUGUAAAUGUCAUGAAGACACAGAUAAUCUGUUUCAGGUUGAGGUCCAAUACAUUUUUUGACAUACUCUCCUACAUUUAAAUUAUUGUUUUAUACUGACUAGGAUACUGGUGUACAUUUUCAUAGCCAAUGCAGCAAAUCCACAUUUGCAACAUUCUUGCUCUCCAAGAUUCCUGUGAUAACGUAGACUAUUUCAAAUCGCACUCAAGUUUUGGAUGUGUUUAAAUUAGUAAUAGAAGUUCCGCAUAACAAGAUUUUCUUUGAAGAAAUCUUAUACUGUAUACAUUCCUGCUCUUCCUGGAAAAGUGCAAUGCAAGUGUUAUCUGUUAUGUAACAUUUUGGACUGUUGUGUAAAAAUGUGCACUUGAAUUUUCACAUUUCUCAUUUACAAUUAAUAUAUGUAUAAACUAAAAUAUAAAGAUGAUUUUCAUAAUUUGCCAAUUUUCUUUAGUUUCUAAGGAUGGAAAAAAUUAGAAAAAAUAUAGCUUUUUUUUAUUUUUAUAUAUAUAUAUAUAUAAAUUACCUCCAAAGAUUGUGAAACUAACAAAUGGAAGCCUGUUGUAAGGCAAUUCAAAGGUUUAAAAUAUGGGAGGGUUGUGGUCAUCUGGUCUGGGGCCACAUUAUUAAAUAUACCAUUUGUUUGUUUAAAUAAAUUUACUCAUUGAAA